UAAUUCCCUGGCAGUGCCUGCCCUCCCUGCCCCUGCCCAGCUCCACGUCUGGCUAUAAAUCCCAGCAAGAGGGACCCUCCCUUCCCACAGCAGAGGUGACACUGAGCUGCCUGGGGCUGGAGCUCCUGGGAGCCCAGCAGAGCCCGCAGGGAUGCGAGUGGCCGUGGUGGGCGCGGGGGUCAGCGGGCUGGCAGCCACCAAGUGCUGCCUGGACGAGGGGCUGGAGCCCACCUGCUUCGAGCAGAGCCAGGACAUCGGAGGGGUCUGGCGCUACACGGAGCACAUCGAGGCCGGCCGGCCCAGCCUGUACCCAUCAGUGAUCAGCAACACCUCCAAGGAGAUGUCUGCCUUCUCUGAUUUCCCCUUCCCCGAGCACUUCCCCGUGUUCCUGCCCAAUGCCCUGCUCCUGGACUACCUCCGGCGCUACACCGAGCACUUCGGCCUGAGGGAGCACAUCAGAUUUGGGAGCACCGUUGUCAGCAUCCGGAAGCACCCUGACUUUGCCACCACGGGCCAGUGGAAUGUGGUCACAGAGGCAGGAGGGAAGCAGACAUCACACGUCUUUGAUGCUGUUAUGGUUUGCAGCGGCAAUUUCUCGGAGCCAUCCCUCCCCCUGCAGUGUUUUCCUGGCAUCGAGAGGUUCCGAGGGCAGUACUUCCACAGCAGGCAGUACAAGCAUCCUGACGUGUUCCAGGGCAAGCGUGUCCUCGUGGUGGGCAUGGGCAACUCGGGAGUGGACAUCGCCGUGGAGGCCAGCCGGGUCGCUGCAAAGGUCAUGAUUAGCACCACUCGAGGAGCCUGGCUGCUCAGCCGUGUGUUUGAGCACGGCUACCCUUGGGAUAUGAUUUUAAACACUCGCCUGAUGAGCCUGAUCAAAACCAACCUCCCCGGACCCCUUUCAUGGUGGUUGCUUAAUUAUAAGGUGAACCAGUGGUUCAACCAUGAAAACUAUGGCCUUCAGCCAGAGAACAGCUGGCUGGUGCGGGAGCCCGUGCUGAACGACGAUCUCCCGAGCUACAUCCUGACAGGCAGGAUCACCAUCAAGCCAGGUGUGAAGGAGUUCAAGGACAACUCAGUGGUUUUCCACAACUGCCCUGAGGAGGAGCCCAUCGACAUCGUUGUCUUCUGCACGGGCUACACCGUCUCCUUCCCCUUCCUGGAAGAAUCCAUCGUCAGGGUGGAGAACAAGCACGCGUCCCUCUACAAAUACGUGUUCCCACCCCAGCUGCAGAAGCCCACCCUGGCUGUCCUUGGGCUGAUUAAGCCCUUAGGAGCCAUCAUGCCCGUGGCAGAGAUGCAGGCACGCUGGGUGAGCCGUGUCUUCAAAGGCCUGUGUCAGUUGCCUCCCCAGGCUGUCAUGGAGAAAGAAGUAAAUGAGAAGAAGAAAAACCAAAUCCAAUGGUUUGGCCUGACCUUUGACGAAGUGCUCAAAACCGAGUGGCUGGUCUACCUGGACACCCUGGCCUCCUUCAUUGGUGCCAAGCCCAGCGUGCUGGGGCUGCUCUGCACAGACCCAAGGCUGGCUCUCACCAUCUUCUUUGGGCCCUGCUCCCCCUACCAGUACAGGCUGGGGGGUCCUGGGCGCUGGCAGGGGGCACGGCAGGCCAUCCUCACCCAGUGGGACCGCGUCCUGAAGCCCACCAGAACACGAGUCCCUGCUGGCUCCUCCAGCUCCUUCCUGUCCCUCCUCACUGUGGUGGCACUCCUUCUGCUCCUGGCUGCUGUGAUUUUCGGUUUCCUAUAGCUUUUUUGUUUGUUUAUUGUUUGUUGGAGUUGUUUGGGUUUGUUUUGCCCUGAGGGAUUUUAUCUCAGGUCAGACAGCCCCACGGGACUGGGGAAAAGGAUUUCAGUAGCUGGCAACAAACUUUCAUCUGAAACCUGCAGCAUAAACCUCCCUUCGUUCCAACCCAACCCCAAGCCCAGCUUUACAGGCCUCAUUAACCAGGGAUGGCAGCCUUGCCCAAGUGUAUUUUGCCCCUCUGCUCCCCCUGCCUGCUGCCAGAAGCAAGAGAUUGAUGCCACAAUUGUGCCUGGAUCACAUGAGACAGGACUCAGAGAGGAUGAGACCAGCAAAAGUGGUGGUGUGUCCCAGGAGCAAGAAUUAUCUGGGAAAAUAUUCCUGUGAUUAUCUAUCACAGGAACUACCUGGGCUGUGUACACAGGUCAGGCUGUCCCCUUCUCCAAACCUAAACACUGUAACCCCAAAAUCCCAGCUGGGGUUGAAUUGGUACAUCUUUCCAGUUGUUUGGGAAGAUUCCAGGUUUGUCCCGCAGGAGCCUGUGGGGCUGAGCACUCCUGCCUUUGCUUCCCUGCGUGCCCCACCACUGGACAAUCCUGAGGCUUUGUUUUGUGCGUGGAGAGACUUUAAAUGAAUAAAAUCUCAGUGGCUGUGGCGGGAGUGCGCUGCA